GUUUCGUCUUGCAGCAUGGGAGCAUGCACGUCCAAGUCUGGGCCUCGCCGCAUGGACACAUGGGCGGCAGGGGAUCCUGACGCCGCGGCCACAGAGGGACGAUCCACCGACGCCACAUUGCCUGCAACAGAGCGUGACGGCAACAUUUACCUGCAUGACAGCAACACCCCAGUUAGCUGUGUGGUGACCACAACUGGCAACGUCUGCGCAUCCGGGUGGGACGACGGCACCAUCAAGCUGAUCGACUUCAACGCGAGAUGUGUUGUGCGCAGCUGGAGUGCCCAUUCCCGCAGCGUGAAUCGGAUGGUUGUCGGAGCUCGUUCGUCCAGCUUGUACUCUUGCUCCCGGGAUACCACGAUAGUCCGUCACAGUCUCAUCGACACCUUGAGCACAGCAGCGCCGACAACGUUUGCAGGCCACUCGCUCACUGUGUCUGCCUUGGCUCUUGACCCAACGGAAACCAGGCUCGCGUCUGGUAGUCGCGACACCAGCGUGAUUUUAUGGGACGCAGCGACCGCCACUCAGAUGCAGCACACAUCCACCUCUCAAAACAUCGUGACGUGCAUGGCGUGGGUGCCCACCGAAGCACAAGUUGUCGCUCAGGGCGGCGAAGACCUCCGACUACGCUUUUGGGACGCCCGGACGUGGAAAACGCCCGCUCAAACGAUCGAAGGCUACGUGUAUUUUCCUCUUGCAAUGGCGUGCUCGCUGGAUGGCCACUACGUCUUCACAUCCAGCAAGGGAUUCAACGCUGUGGGGUGCGAAGGCCGCGUGUGGGACCGACGGACCGGCAAGCAGGUGGUCGAAAUGACCGGGCACUCGCAGGAUGCCACCGCGUGCGCUUUUCUUCCGCAUCAGUGCGUUCAAUGGAACGCUGACGAAGGCAUUACAGCGUCCAAGGACAGCUCCGUGCGAGUGUGGAACACAAUGACGGGCGAGCUCUUGGCCUCUACUCAAGAUGGCGGGGCUGGAAUGUUUACAAGUCUUGCGUGCGUCGAGCCAGCCUCAAAGGAUGAUCAAAGGACCCGCAUUCUCGCCAGUUCCUUCUCGGGUCGCAUCGACAUGUAUGAGUGGGAUCGCACCAAGCGCAGCCUCGAGCUAGUGUAGAAACGCUGCGACAGUGGAUCGCAAAGGGAUAAUGCCGAUUGCAGAAGCCAUCGUUAGGUGCAGCCACGAUGGGCUGGACUCGACGACACAAUGAAUUUCCUGGCCGGUGCUAUGACCAUCGCUCGUUCGCCAUCCUCAAUCCAAUCUUACUGAUCGAGGUUUUCAUCUCUCUCCUUUCGAACGCGAGGCAUGCAGCCCC